AUGUCACAGCACUUUAAUAAAUUUAAAGAAAACUUUAAGGAAGCUUUCAAUUCUCUUGAUAGAAAAGAUUUUAAACAUUUUUUUGGUUUGUCUACAGAAAACAAUUCUAUUAAGAGUUUUGAGAAUCUCAUAAAAAAACUGAAUUUCAGCUUCACUAUGUCGUUGCCUUUAUAUUGCGAUCAUUAA